CAUUUUGUUUUGAAUUUUAGAAAAAAUAUUUUAGUAUGGUUUUUACUUGGAAUUGCUGGCGAUCUCUGUGACUACCAACUGUUCUGCUCGCAUGGGAAUGUUUGUGAAAUCAUUGCGGAGGUACAUGCCAAAGUUCCAGUUAUUCAGAAGCCCUCCAAGGCGUGUCACCGUGGAUUAUAAUUGAGAUAGCAUUGAAUACAUUCGAGACAGGGAUUGUUAUUUGAGGCGGGUUUCAACGACUGACGCCUUGUUUUCGACGAAUUGUAGAAGUCAUUCGGUGAUUGUCGUCUGAUUUAAUACUGUAUACGACAUGUGGACAAAUUUACAGAACAGUCAAAAGUCGUAUGGAAUGAACUAGGGCAUUCUAAAACCAAUCCUUCGGAAAUUUAUUCAUAAUAGGAUUCAACAUGUCCACUCGACCAGUGUUGCAAACAGUUCACGAAGAUCGGGAUCUUCAUCGCGGUGGUCGUCAUCACCAUCAUCAUCACCACCAUGACGACACAAACUCAUCGAGUCGAUCGAGCCGAAACCGAGAUCGUGGCGAUCGGAACACCGGCGACGACCAGCCUCAUAUUGGGAAGUACCGGCUUCUGAAGACGAUUGGAAAAGGAAAUUUCGCCAAAGUCAAAUUAGCUAAACAUUUACCGACCGGAAAAGAGGUUGCAAUCAAGAUCAUAGACAAGACACAACUAAAUCCUAGUAGUCUUCAAAAGUUGUACCGGGAGGUGAAAAUAAUGAAGGUAUUAGACCAUCCCAGUAUAGUCAAAUUAUUUGAAGUAAUUGAAACAGAUAAAACUUUAUACCUAGUUAUAGAAUAUGCCAGUGGUGGGGAGGUGUUUGAUUAUUUGGUUGCGCAUGGUAGAAUGAAAGAAAAAGAAGCAAGGGCGAAAUUUAGACAGAUUGUGUCAUCAGUUCAGUAUUGUCAUCAAAAACAUGUAGUACACAGAGAUUUAAAGGCCGAAAAUUUACUCUUAGAUGGUGAUAUGAAUAUUAAAAUUGCCGAUUUUGGUUUUAGUAAUGAGUUUACACCAGGUAGCAAACUGGAUACAUUUUGUGGGAGUCCGCCCUACGCAGCUCCAGAACUAUUUCAGGGAAAGAAAUACGAUGGUCCUGAAGUGGAUGUAUGGAGUCUAGGGGUUAUACUUUAUACAUUAGUUAGCGGUUCACUUCCAUUUGAUGGACAAAAUUUAAAGGAAUUGAGGGAGCGAGUACUGCGGGGCAGGUAUCGUAUCCCAUUUUACAUGUCUACAGAUUGUGAGAAUCUUCUCAAGAGAUUUCUUGUAUUAAAUCCAGUCAAGAGAGCAAACUUAGAAUCAAUUAUGAAAGACAAGUGGAUGAACGUUGGCUAUGAAGACGACGAUCUUAAACCAUACAAGGAGCCUGAAUGUGAUUUUAAUGAUAUAAAAAGAAUAGACAUUAUGUUAGGGAUGGGUUAUACAAAAAAACAAAUUGAAGACUCGUUAUCACAAAAUAAAUACGAUGAAGUUAUGGCAACAUAUUUACUUUUAGGUCGCCGGAAAUCUGAGGUGCGUAGGUUGGAGGGUGGUGACUCACAAUCAGGCAGUAGUCUGUCACUGAAACACCGGCCCUCAAGUGAAUUGUCAGCAUCCAGUACCAGUCAGUCUCCCUCACACGGUAAGGUGCAUCGCAGCAUCUCGUCAAAUCAGAAACACAGACGUUUUAGUCAUGGAGGUGAAAGUGUGGUUUACAAACGAGGUUCCCAUACGCCUAGUUCCAGUUCAUCCACCAGCAGCUACAGUAAGCGUUCCACAGUAGAUAAUGGUCUUAAAGAAAAUAUAACGACGCCAACUAGUCGGCAUAGAUCUAGUGGCCAUGGUGCAGUUGGAGGUAGUCACAGAGAGACGAUAGGAACUGCCAGCAAUCCCAAUAAAUCUGAAAUUCCAUCUAGGAAAAAAUCUUCCACUCCCAAGGUUUCUAAAAAGAAUAGUGUUUUACCACCUGGAAUGACCAGGAGAAACACGUACGUUUAUGGGGAAAGGGCACUUACACCGGGUGAAAAGACCAAUGGACAAAGUGAAGGUAUUGAAGUUACACCAUCAGUACCAACAUCAAGCUCAAUACGACCAAGGCAUCAGAAAUCAGCAUCAACAUCAGGCCAUCCUGGCCAUCCAAGGGGUAUGGCUUUACCACCGAUAGAUGAUAGUUAUGAUACAAGACCAAGCACGGCACCCGGCAAUAGACAUUUUCUCCCAUCACCAACAGUGACUGGCGGCCAUGCCAGGUUUCCCAGGGGGACUGCGAAUCGAAGUACAUUUCACAGUGGUCAGACCAGGGAAAGACACCAUGCCAGGUUUAAUGGUCCACCAGCAUCGCCCAGCAUGGCACGUGAUACCUCAUCAGUGGAAAGAACCCGCAACUCAUUGUCAUUCUUCAGCAAGCUUUCUUCCAAAUUUAGUAAAAGGUCAAGUAUGGGAGGCGGUGCUGACGAACAGGUGAAACCACGUUCUUUACGCUUCACAUGGAGCAUGAAAACCACUAGUUCAAUGGACCCCAACGACAUGAUGAAGGAAAUUCGUAGAGUCUUAGAUGCAAACAACGUUGACUACGAACUACGAGAAAAGUACUUGUUAUUCUGUGUCCAUGGCGAUGGUCAUGGAGAAAAUCUUGUCGAAUGGGAGAUGGAGGUUUGCAAGCUGCCCAGGUUGUCUUUAAAUGGCGUACGUUUCAAACGGAUAUCUGGAACAUCAAUUGGCUUCAAAAACAUUGCUUCAAAAAUAGCCAACGAACUGAAGUUAUGACUGGAGACGUUAUACACGCAGACCCAACGAGGUGUCACUAGAAGUUUACAGCAAGACUUGUAACUUGGGUUUGACGUGUGCCGAAGAAUAAACGACUUCCUUGAUUAACAAAAGAACAACAGAACUGGAGAAUGUGUCAGUUUGCAAUAACUUAAAUUAUACCGGCCUUGGACAGUUGAGAAAAAUAAACAUGCUUCUGAGUCAUGCUCAGCUUUUUCAUUCAGUGCAUUUCAUACCAUGCUUGUUGUACACGGUUUGGGAACAUGGUCUUCACCAUCUGUUAUUUAUAAACGACAUUCAUUGUCAGUCAGUCAGUCAAUGUGAAUAUGAUGACAUAAGUGCUUAUUGCAGUAAUCAGUGUAUGUGCAUGUCUUGUGGCAGUCAGUUACAAAAAUAAGGACAACAAAAUAGUGUUCUGUGUAGACGUGAUACCACAGAUGCCUACAAUUCAACAUGUUGGACCAAAUGCUUGCUUUUUUUUGCCAGGACCUUGCUUUUACCAUUUAUACAGCAACAGUGAUCCAGUCAAAAAACUUUGAUUUCUCUCACUUGACCAUGUAGACGAUGAGAGAGAAAAGAAACUUAUUCGCGUUACGCCUCCCACAUGUUGCUAGUGCUAUUCACAUAGAACAUUGCCCUAAAUUGCAGUUUUUAAAUUCAGAGUGCUCAGGUUGGUAGUAUUAAAGUAGAAAAAAAACAAUACUGCAGUUACUUUUAACUGCAUAUAAAUGGAAUCGUAAUUUAUACUUCUGUUAAGUCUUGUGAAACUCAUUUUGUUCAACAGAAGACGACAUCUAUUUAAUAUCCCUUAAUAGACCAUAUGCAUACUGUAGUGUAUCUUUUAAUAAUAAUUAUGAGACUAUCUGAGAUUAAACAAAAGGAGAGAAAUAUGUCUACAGAACUUUUCCCCCCCAUUGUCAUGUUUCAGUAGGAACCAAUCUCCUGCCAAGAACUCCCCCAUGCUGUCUUCUGACUGUAUAUACAUGUUUAAUGUGGUCUGGUUUCAGCAACAACAGUUAGAUUUGCACUGAUUCUACAAUUGGACAUUUAAGUGAUAAAUAUAAAUAAUUAAUUUAAAUUGCUAAUAGCAUUUUUUUUUUUACUAUUGUACCGUACUUGUAUGUGAGUGCCAGCAUAGUGGGUGCCAAUCCUACUCCACUGCCUGUCUGGCUGGUUGGUUGUCUUUUUUUUACGCUAUCUCCUUUAAUGGAGUGAUAUUGGAUGAAGUUAUCUUCAAUUGUAUUGUGGUCUUGAAUAUAAAAGUUUCAAGUCCAUUCUUUUUUCAUCCUGUAAAUAAAAUGAUAUUUCUUUUUCUUUUAUGGACCCCCAGUUUUAUCUUGUUACAAAGUUCCAUUGGUUGUCCUUUAUCGUUUUUGUUAUCACUGGCCAUUUUUCAUUUAUUUUGUAUUGCAUAGUACAUCCCCGACUUUCUGUUCGCUUCCAAUCACCUUCAACAACCCCCUCUAAGCUUUUUAAUUUUCUUUCUCUUGUUGCCUCAAUGUAGUGACACCACCACCAUGUGGCUCACCGUUUCUGUAUGUUUUCUUUUAUUUGAAUCGUAUUUUUUAGGUCCAUCGGUGCAAAAACUACCAUUAAAAAAUUGCUUGAAAA